AUGUCGCCUUUGCCACGCCCAACUUUUUUUGAACACCUCGAUCCGCCACUGUCAACUAAAAGGGAGAAGGUCCUUUGUUUCGAUCUUUCGUCUUGUCAGUUCAGUACUUGUUCUCAGAAAGUAACCUUUUUGUUGCAGCAAAUUAAAGGAAUACAGAAACGUGUGCCGCGGCUCGUUCGGAGCGUUCAGUCGGUUAGUCGUUUUUCUGAUCGUUACGAGCUUCGGGGUCCUCGUUUUAUAAGGUUCACUACGAAGGGCAAGACACCAUUUGGUAAGUUAACAAAUCUUGGUUUUACUAGUUUUUUUCUUGACUCGUUUAUGGCAUUAUAUAGUUUCUUGGGCUUUUUAGAUGGUGAAAACGCCUAUUAUGACAAGAAUGACCCACGCGAAUACUUCGAACAGUGUUUUGAAAAGGAGAGAAAAAUUGGCGAAGGAUCGUUUGGGGAGGUCUUUCGUGUGAAAUCUAAAAACGAUGGCAAAUACUAUGCUGUGAAACGAACAAUAGAGCCAUUCAGGAACUCAAGGGAUAGAGAAAUGAAAUUACGCGAAGUGCAGAAACAUGAGCUUUUACCUAAACAUCCAAACUUAGUUGAGUUUAAAUGUGCUUGGGAAGAGAAAGGGCAACUUUACAUUCAGACUGAACUUUGCGAAUACAGCCUAGCCGACUACGCUGUACGCGUUCAUAAUAUUCCGGAAGAAGAACUCUGGGGGUAUUUUGCGGAUAUGGUUGCUGCAGUUCAUCACCUUCACGAACAGGAUUUGCUACACUUGGACAUCAAGCCUGAAAAUAUAUUUGUCUCUAAAAAUAUGUGCAAGUUGGGCGACUUUGGUUUAGAUAGUAAUAUCAAUGCUCAAGAUGGGGACAGUAAGUAUUUAGCUCAGGAGGUGCUGAAUAACCCUCCUGGUAAACCAGCAGAUAUUUUUUCCCUUGGCAUAUCUAUGCUUGAAUUAGCAUCUGAUCUCGACCUGCCACCACGUGGUGAUGGUUGGCAUAUGUUGCGAGAAGGUCAUAUUCCGGAAGAUGCUUCUUUAGGUAUCUCUCCGAAGUUGCGUCGAUUAAUAUUUUUGAUGAUGGAGCUUAACCCAGAAAAGCGUCCCACAGCGCGUGAGCUGUUCAACGAUUCAACUAUACAGUACUACCUCAGAAAACGUUAUCCGCUGAAUUACAGUAUGGUGUGUUUUCUGUAUUAUCCUCCUUGA